ACUUUGUUCAGACAAAAUAUAAAUGAUGAACUUGACAAAACAAUUUCUGAUGAUGAUGAUGAUAUAGCUAUUAAUCAAUUAGUUACAACUAAUCAAGAUUUUAAUCAAGAAUCUUGUAUUUCACAAAAUGCAAAUGUAACUUCAUUACAGUAUAUUCCAUUUUCUUCAAAUAUUAUAUUAAAUGAUAAUCAACAAGUCAGUCAAAUAGCUUUAGUAAUUCUGGGCCAAGUCAAUUAA